CAACGCCAUCCUGUUUAAUGAGGCUGCGGCUGGCUCAGAGGCCCCCAGGCCUGGAACCUUCCAGGGCUGGGCUCAGCUCCCCACCCCAUCCCCCAGGUAGGCCAGGAAGCCUGGGCGGGACCUGUUGGGGUUAAAUACUCCAGCCCAGUGCUCCCCAGGCCUCCAGUCCCAGUAGGAGGUUUGACUAAGAUCGAUCAUGACGACUUACAGUGACAAAGGGGCAAAGCCUGAGAGAGGCCGAUUCCUCCACUUCCACUCUGUGACCUUCUGGGUUGGCAACGCCAAGCAGGCCGCGUCGUUCUACUGCAGCAAGAUGGGCUUUGAACCUCUAGCCUACAGGGGCCUGGAGACCGGUUCCCGGGAGGUGGUCAGCCAUGUAAUCAAACAAGGGAAGAUUGUGUUUGUCCUCUCCUCAGCGCUCAACCCCUGGAACAAAGAGAUGGGCGAUCACCUGGUGAAACACGGUGACGGAGUGAAGGACAUCGCGUUCGAGGUGGAAGAUUGUGACUACAUCGUGCAGAAAGCACGGGAACGGGGCGCCAAAAUCGUGCGGGAGCCCUGGGUAGAGCAAGACAAGUUUGGGAAGGUGAAGUUUGCUGUGCUGCAGACGUAUGGGGACACCACACACACCCUGGUGGAGAAGAUGAACUACAUUGGCCAAUUCUUGCCUGGAUAUGAGGCCCCAGCGUUCAUGGACCCCCUACUUCCUAAACUGCCCAAAUGCAGUCUGGAGAUUAUCGACCACAUUGUGGGAAACCAGCCUGAUCAGGAGAUGGUGUCUGCCUCCGAAUGGUACCUGAAAAACCUGCAGUUCCACCGCUUCUGGUCCGUGGAUGACACACAGGUGCACACGGAAUAUAGCUCUCUGCGAUCCAUUGUGGUGGCCAACUAUGAAGAGUCCAUCAAGAUGCCCAUCAAUGAGCCAGCGCCUGGCAAGAAGAAGUCCCAGAUCCAGGAAUAUGUGGACUAUAACGGGGGUGCUGGGGUCCAGCACAUCGCUCUCAAGACCGAAGACAUCAUCACAGCGAUUCGCCACUUGAGAGAGAGAGGCUUGGAGUUCUUAUCUGUUCCCUCCACGUACUACAAACAACUGCGGGAGAAGCUGAAGACCGCCAAGAUCAAGGUGAAGGAGAACAUUGAUGCCCUGGAGGAGCUGAAAAUCCUGGUGGACUACGACGAGAAAGGCUACCUCCUGCAGAUCUUCACCAAACCGGUGCAGGACCGGCCCACGCUCUUCCUGGAAGUCAUCCAGCGCCACAACCACCAGGGUUUUGGAGCCGGCAACUUCAACUCACUGUUCAAGGCUUUCGAGGAGGAGCAGAACCUGCGGGGCAACCUCACCAACAUGGAGACCAAUGGGGUGGUGCCCGGCAUGUAAGCCCCGCCCACUGCCCUCCCCACGGAGGCCCCGCCCUCCCACAGCCACACAGCCACGCCCCCUGAUUCUGGAACUCGCCCAACUUCCCUACUGGCUGCUGCCCUUGGGUCCCGCCCACCAGCGGACGCGGCCCCCAAGGCUCCGCCCACCCUGACCACGCCCCUCGGCGGGGCCGCCCUCUGCUCCAGCCCUCCCGAUUAAAGCGUGCUCCGGUCCAAUACGGUGUCUGUUCGUGUUGCGCAUAAG